AGUAUAAACAUUAAACAGUUUAGUUUAAGAUUCAAGCUGUGCAGCAGUAUACAUGUAUACUCAUAUAUAUAUUGUGGAGGAGAUAUAUGUAGUGUAGAGAAACAGUGAACAUACUGUAUCACGGUGCAGCCUAUCAAUAGAUAUGUCAGAAAUAUACGCGCGGUCCGAGGGAACGGGAACUGGAACAGGAACUAUUGGUGAAGAUCUGGAGAUAAGUAGACUCAAUAGAUGCUUAAUAAAUACAAGGAGAGGUAUAACCUUCCUUAUCUCACAUAUUGGACUCGUCAGCUUGGUCGCAGGUUACUGUACUCUUGGAGCAAUCCUUUUUGAACAGCUUGAAAGAGAUUAUGAACUAGAGGUAAAACAAAAUAUGACAAGAACAAGGAUUAAGCUGGGAAACAAUAUUUGGAAACUUACAAACAAUUCCCUUCUUCUUCAUAAGGAGGUCUGGAUACACAAUGUAACUGCUAUGAUGACAGGAUUUGAGAAAGAACUUUUAACUGCUAUGAAGAUUAGAGGGUGGGAUGGAAGUGAAGAUAUGAACAAACGAAAAUGGACACUUGCUGGUUCCUUAUUCUACUCAAUAAUAAUAAUCUCAACAAUUGGAUAUGGAGACCAAACACCUAAAACGCAGUGGGGGAAGAUAGCUACGAUAUUCUACUCUAUUCUUGGGAUACCACUGUUCAUGCUUUGUCUCUUUAAUAUUGGAGAUAGCAUGGCCAAUAUGUUCAGAUUCCUUUACUGGAGGGUCUGUUGUGCUCUUUGCACUACAAGAAAAAAGGUUAAAAGAAAGUGCAGGACAAGUAUCAGAACUCCAACAGGAUCUAGAACUGGUCCCAGGCAUUCACUCAAGUUCAGAGACAAUAUUAGUCUGGGGGGAAGAUCCCCCAGACUAUCCAGAAGGGUUGGAAGCAUAACAGCUGAAGAUAUAAUCAGCUUCACGGUGUCUAACUAUGAUGCUCUGGAUACAGCUGAUAAUGGAGAGGAUAAUGUUUGGAACGCAAGAGAUUCUCUGAAAGUUUGUGAAGAAAUGUGCAAGGAUAGUUCUGAUCUAGCUCCGACAGGAACUGAUGUUCAGAAUACUCAGUUGAAUGCAGAUGAAGUGUUUAAACCCCAGAAUUUGGGUACAGAAAGCGAUAUACGGUCGAGUAGGAAAAGUAAUCAUAGCUCUAAAUCUCUAACUCUUCCAUUGAAUAAUCAAUUAGAUGAGUCCAGCAGCAGCAGUUACGAUUUAUCUAAGGUCUCUACUCCAGCUCGAGGAGCAGGUAGUGUUGUAACUACUCCGAGUAGAACAGCACGUCUCACAGGAGGUGAAUUCUUUCACGAGUUUGAAUACGAGGACUGGGAGGAGGUGGAUGUAACUAAACCAAUACCAAUAUGGAUCUGCUUCUUUCUUGUCUUCUCAUAUAUAUGCAUGGGUGCGUUCUUGUUCAGUGGCUGGGAGGGUUGGCAGUUUCUCGACUCUUGGUACUUUUGUUUUAUCACCCUCGCUACAAUUGGAUUUGGAGAUUUUGUUCCAAAAAAAAGUCACGAGACAAACAAGACGUUAGGAGAGCUGGGGAUAUCUGGAUCUUACGCAGAUCUAGUGAGUAUCGUGAUAAACUCCUUCUACUUGAUGCUGGGAAUGGCUUUGGUUACCACGACCUUUCAUCUUCUGGGGGAGGAGGUGAAGAACAAGGUCCGAAAUGUAGCAACCAAGCUUGGGAUUCUUAAGUCUGAGGAAGACGACUUUUUGGAUUAGAUUAGAGUUAAAUAUCUUAUAAUAUUUUGUCUCUAGUCUGUAAUUAAUUGUAUUUAAAAAAUUAUAAAUGUAGAUACUAGAUAGA